AUGCCCUCGUUCACCAAACUAUUCUCUGGAAUAAGCAAUGCUGUUAAGCAGGAACCUUCACAACAGGGUUUUCAUCCCCAUACAGACCCAUACCAUAAGCCGAAUCUCAAUAAGACCAACCCUUUUGCAGGGCUCCAAAUAUCCAUCCAGAUAGAGUCUCCUCCUUUGAUGUUGUAUGGUCUGCCGGAAAAUAGAUCGAGCGCGAUAUUUAGUGGUCUGUUAGUUCUGGACGUGUUCCCAAAUGAGAAUUCUGCUGCAUCUGGCGGAGUGGCGCUGGUUCCAAGCAAUUCCAUCAGAUCUGUCAAUUCGUUAAAUACAGUCGGUACAGUUUCGAAAGCAGAUUAUGUUGAGGUCAGAGAUGUCCAGCUCUCGUUUAUCCAGAUCAUCGACUACGGCCGUCCUUUUGAGGCCAGCUCAAGCACAAUGGACUCGUGUGCAGACUGUCGUCGCAAGACCACCGAGCUGGCCAAAUGGGACGUGCUCUCUCGUCCAUCCAACUUCGCCAAGGGCUCCUCGCACGCCUUCCCGUUCAGCCAUCUUGUUCCAGGAACGGUUCCAGCCACGGCUGUGCUGUCUAACGUGACCUGUUCGAUCCGCUACGAGCUCAUUUGCAAGACUACGUUUGUGAAUACUAAGGGAAAACUGGACGAGAUCAAUCUCGGUCUGCCGGUCAUGAUACGGCGGUCUCUCACCAGAGGCCAGGACCGCAACUCGUUGCGGGUGUUCCCGCCCACCGACGUGACGGCCACGGCGGUGAUCCCCAACGUGGCGUACCCGAAGUCUGUUUUCCCUGUGGAAAUCCGAAUGGACAACGUCUGCUCCGCUGAACGGAGAUGGAGAAUGCGGAAAUUAAAUUGGAAGCUCGAGGAAAGCGUCAAGGUGCGUGUGAACCAUUGCGAUGCCCACAAGAGCAAGUAUGCCAGCAUUGUCGAGCACACCAAACGGUCCCACAAGGGCCGCAAAGUGUACAAGAACUGUGGCGGUCCCGGAAAACCCGUUUACAAUUACACGUUUGAGAAUCCUCGGAGACGGGAGGUCACCGAGGAAAACGAGGUUCCUACAGAGACGGCUGACCAGACCGCGUCGAACGAUGUCACGCCCUCGGCGUCGCACGACCUGGCCCCCGUGGCUUCGUCGUGGUCUGUUGCUUCGGGAGCAGAAAAUAUCGUGCCCCAGAUCUCGAACCAGAUCGCGCCACAAAUGACCCCGUCGUUGUCUGCGUCGAUGAGCAACGACCCCCACCCGACGCCUGCCGAGACAGAGACCCCGAUGUACGUGGAGGAGAUCCGUGUGAUCAAGUCCGGAGAGCUCAAGAGCGGAUGGAAGUCUGAUUUCUCUAAUAAGGGCAGAAUCGAGAUCGUGGCCGAUAUCUCGUUGAUGGAAUUAAUUUCUAUGGGAUUGAACGCCUCGCUGAGCAACCUUUCGGCAAUCAACUCGCAGAACUGCGAGUCGCCAAUCUUCAAGCUGGAGCCCGAAAGCGGAGUCAAUUGCGCCUGUGACAUUGAGGACUACGAGGCUGGCAUUUUUGUGCACCACAACUUGGUGCUCGAGGUGAUUGUUGCUGAGGAGAUGAUGCACAACACAAACGCCCAGCCCAACCGGGCCACGGCGUCUCCGACCCCUUCGUCGGCGUAUCUGAGCGCCAUCACGUCGAUGAACACUUCUCCAGUGCAAACAGGCACCUCCAGCCAGAACAGCACCAACAGUUCCGCAACACACCAUUCCACAGCCUCCAAACACAACGACGGCGGAACAGGACCCGAUCACGUGAGCGGCAAUAGAAGCGACCCGUACAACCACAGAACAGGAAUCCCCACCGGAGUGGCCAGAGUCCUGAGAAUGCAGUUCAGACUCGUGUUAAUGGAAAGACCCGGGCUGGGGAUGUCCUGGGACGACGAGGUCCCGCCCACCUACAACGCCGUUGGCGCGCUGUCUCCUCCUGCAUACAACAACAUGGAGCCCUCCUUGUCGCAGCAGUCGUUGGUGAUUCCGUUGGACUCGACCGACCAGCUGAACGAGAUCGUGCUCCCAGAGCCGGCGUCUCUGCGCUGA